AUUAUGAGUUUGUAAAUACAGAAAUCUAAUACAAUUCACAUCUACUCAAAUAAAAUAUACUGAUAGGAGAGAAUGGCUAGCAAAUCAUGGGCUUAGAUGCAGAAAUAACACAACAAUAAAUUAGCAAUUGAGAACAAUGAUGAAAAAAGUGAUUAUGAGUCUCCAAUUCAUAUUGACUCUCUGUUAAAAUAUUUAAGAUGCACUGAAUGAUU